CUGGUUCGGCUUUGCCAGCUGGAAAGAUGGCGGACCGGCUGACGCAGCUCCAGGACGCGCUGAAUUCGCUGGCCGAUCAGUUCUGCAAUGCCAUCGGGGUCCUCCAGCAGUGCGCUCCCCCCGCCUCCUUCAGCAACAUCCAGACGGGCAUCAACAAGGACCAACCGCCCAACCCCACUGAAGAAUACGCGCAGCUGUUUGCCGCUCUCAUCGCCCGGACGGCCAAGGAUAUCGAGGUUCUGAUCGACUCGCUGCCCAGCGAGGAAUCCACGGCCGCCCUGCAGGCCGCCAGCCUGUACCAACUGGAGGAGGAGAACCACGCGGCGGCGGCGCGGCUGGAGGAGGUGGUGUAUCGGGGGGACCUGCUGCUGGAGAAGAUACAGACGGCGCUGGCCGACAUCGCCCAAUCCCAGCUAAAGACGCGCAGCAGAGCUCACACUCAGCCCGUGAGUGAAUCCUAGCAGCAGGGGGCGACGUCUCCCCCCAGAAUAUGAAGCCAGUACUGACAGUGCAGCAGGACUGUCCCAUUAUCAGCCUGCACUGGGGCCGCUCCCCCCCCGGGUCCUAUGGAAAGUGCCCUCUAUUCCUGCCCAACCCUUCUGUAUUGCCCUUGGGACUCCUCUCUCUCUCUCUAGUGGCAACCAAGUACUUCUGUUACUCCUGUGGCCCCUUUACUGGUACUGUGUAAUACCCCCCCUGUGUGGCCCCUCCCUGGUCAGCCCCUCCCUGGCCAGCACCCCCCAUGUUGCCCCUCCCUGAGCAGCACCCCCCAUGUGGCCCCUCUCUGGUCAGCGCACCCCCCUUCACUUAGGCUUCAUGGGAGAAAAAGCAAUUUGUGGUUAUUUAAAGGGAAAAUAUGCCAAUAUGUUUGUCUGAGGGUUUCUUCUCCUAAUAAAUCUUUUUUUUUUUUUUUUUUUUUUCAGAGUAGCAA